UGUGUUUCGCCGCGGCGCGCUGACGUCAGUGGCCUGCUCGGGCGGAAGACCUGUUGCUGGAGUUGGGCUGAAACUUUCGCUCGGCUCCUCGGUGUGAAGGAAUGCGAGGCGCCCAGAGUCGCGCAGAGAGCACCGCCGAGCCGCAGCGGACCGCAGAAAAUUAAAGAUGGCUGCACAAGUACUUGAGCAAUCCAGUGGGACCAGCAUGUUUUCUCACUUCAAUAUCGGGACUUCUUCCAGUGAGGAAAUAUGUGACUUUUCUUACCUCUCCAAGAAUGAUUUGACAGCAGCACCUCAGCUGGUUAUGUUAGCAAAUGUUGCCUUAACUGGUGACAUAAGCUGUUAUGAUCGCCAAGGAGAGGAGGUACUGAUGGCAGAAUUGAAAACAGUCGACGAUAAUUUAUCAGACAAUGAGGAAGAAUUGAGACCUGAUGUAAAUGACACAGUGCAAUCAGAAAAUGUAAAUGCAGAACAUCAAAGUGUACCGAAUGUUGUAACAACGGAUAGUUCAGAAACUUUGUCUCAAGACCUGAGCGCGGAUACAGCAGAAGUAGUGAAUCAGGGAAGCUUGGCAGACAAAGGAAAAAAGUCAAAACCAUUUCGUUGUCGACCAUGCGACUAUGAAGCAGAAUCUGAGAAGGACUUUGUGCAUCAUAUCAAAGUACAUAGUGCCAAAAAGUUCAUUGUUGAAGAAAAUGCAGAAAAACAAAGCAAAUCCAAAGUUCCAGAUCCUCUUCCAGAAGAGGCAGAUAUUUCGAAAGGUCCCAUUCGCUGUGACAGAUGUGGCUAUAACACAAACCGAUAUGAUCAUUACUUGGCACAUCUAAAACAUCAUGACAAAGUUGGAGAAAACGAGAAAGUUUAUAAAUGCACCAUCUGCACAUACACUACUGUCAGUGAAUAUCAUUGGAAGAAGCAUUUGCGGAACCAUUUUCCACGAAAGGUUUAUACCUGUUCACAGUGUUCAUAUUUCUCCGACAGAAAGAACAAUUAUGUACAGCAUAUGCGAACACACACAGGUGAACGGCCUUACAAGUGUCCACAGUGUCCUUACUCAAGUUCUCAGAAAACCCACCUGACCAGGCACAUGCGUACACAUUCAGGUGAGAAGCCAUUUAAAUGUGAUCAGUGCAACUAUGUAGCAUCAAAUCAGCACGAGGUGACAAGACAUGCGAGACAAGUUCAUAAUGGUCCCAAACCAUUAACAUGUCCUCAUUGUGAGUACAGAACAGCUGAUCGCAGCAACUUCAAAAAGCACGUUGAACUCCAUGUGAAUCCACGCCAGUUUCUGUGCCCGGUCUGUAAGUAUGCAGCUUCCAAGAAAUGCAACUUGCAGUAUCACAUAAAGUCCAAGCAUCUAAAUUGCAGUGAUAUUACCAUGGAUGUGUCAAAGGUGAAGUUGCGUAAGAAACGACUUGAAUUGGAUGUUUUUCCUGCUAAAACUGGCAAGAAAACGUCAGACAAGUUGCAACUGAAAAGAGCUGAGAAUCUGGAUAAAAAGGGCACUACCAAGGUGGAGAAAACUACAGCUGUAUCAAAGGAACAUAGUUUGGGCACCAUCAAAUCAAAAAUGAAGACCCGAGAUCAUAAACUUUUCAGACAGAAGCAUCUAUCAAAAAGGGAUACUGAUACAGAAAAAGCAAGGAAAACCAAGAGCACCAAACGGAAGAGAUGCUUAACAGUAGAGGGAUCUUUGCAACAGGAGUCUGCAGAUGAAACCCCUGUAGAAGCAAAAAUAAAGAAAACAGGGAAAACUAAAGAGGUCAUUGAACGUGAAACACAGAGAAGCAAAAUCAAAUUGGACAAUAUGUCGCACAGGAAAAGUUUUAAAUGUAAACGAAUUAAGAAGAAAAACAAAAAUCAUAGAAAGGUUGGUGAACAUACUACUGGUGACAGUGCAGUUAAAUGUAAGAAAUCUGAUCAGUCGGAACAGCAACCAAUUGUGCCUAAAAAGAAAAAAGAUUGUUCCAAAAAUUCUGCAUGUUGUGACCAUAGUAACGUUGAAGAUACACACACGAGCGAACCCCAGAAAUCAGAACCAUCCUGCGAUAAAGCAAUAAAUAAAACUCUACUUGGUAUUGUCAUUGAACAAAAUGAGAAUUCUGUGAAUGUGCACUCUGCAGAAAAUACCAGCAAAAUUGUUCAAAAGAUUAUAAAAGACCCUAAAUCCCCUUCUGCCCCAGAAUCGGAGGAAUCAGAGGAAACAUUAACAGUCAAGGAAACACCUAUUGCCUCAGUAUGUUCCACGGAAGUUUUUGCUGAUAGUUCUGGACAAGGAGAAGGUGCUGAUCAAGAAGGUUCCAUUCAGGUGAUCAGCAUUGAGCUUGCUUUUGAACUUACCAACUCAAACAAUUCAACUAAAGACCAAGAUGGCAUUACAUACCAGGAGAAGGGCCAGGAUGACAUUGGUAAUCAGAUGGAAGUUGAUGAUGACAUAAAUAAGCAGAUGGACAUCCAGGAUGAUCAGAGCAAGUUGCAAAAUAAUGUCAACAAGGUUCCAGGUGCAUUGGGUAACCAGAAUAAACAGCAGGAUUGUACAAAGGAGAUACAAAAUGGCCAGCCGAACCAGGACCAGCUCCAGGAUGAUGGUGACAAGGUUGAGAAAAACAAGCAAGAACAGAACAAAAAACCGAACAAGGAUGAAAUUAUGGAAAUAGAUGAAGACGAAGGCAUUCAUAGCCAUGAAGGAAGUGAAAUCAGUGAAGAUUCAGAAGGGAGUGAUGACUCUGGUCUGAAUGGUGCAAAGCCUACUCCAGACGACAAAAUGAACAAGAGGACACCAGGACAUUCAGAAAGUAUGAAUGAUGUUCCUGGGAGUUUUGUUUGCAUAUUCUGUGAUCGUAUAUUCGGAAUGAAAGGAGAAUUUACCAAGCAUCUUAAUCGACACCUGGUAAAUGUAUACUAUCUGGAGGAAGCAGCAAAAAGCCAGGAAUAAAUGCAGUCCCAAGAUGUGGCAAGUUUGCCCUAGAAUAUUAAUCAUAGCUGUUACAAAAUAUUCAAAUCACUCUAAAGUGACUUUGGAUUUUUUUUUUUAACAUUUCCUUUACUGAACUUUUUGUUGCUAACUGCAUGUAUUUUCUGCUUUUUCAAAUUUCUUGCUCAUAAUUCAGAUAGUACAAAAGCAUUUAUCUAUAAUAGCAAAAUGUUUUAAUUGUGCUUUGUACCAGUUUAAUCAACCACUGAUUUUGAUUUUUCAUUGCACUAUUAGUACUGAAAUAGUUUCAUUUAAUCUGAUUCAUACGUUCUGUUUUGUCCCUUUGUAAAUACGUGGUAACACUGGACAUCAACAUUUUGUUCUGUUUUUACAUGAUUUUGGGUUAAAGCUGAUCUACAAUAAUGACUAUGGUUGGUCAUAAUUUGAAAACUCAAGAUAGUGGUCAAAGAAAUUAGACUCAAUUAUUUGAUUUGGAUAUCUCAUAGUAAGUUAAAAUAAUGCCUUUUACCAGGCAGUCUUGCAUUUCAAGGCCAUUUGUGUGCAAUUUGGAUUUAAAUCUUGAUGCACAAUGUGUGGAAUUAGUCCAUUUCAUAAUUUUGCAUUUUAGGCACUCUUUCAUUAAAAUUAGCUAUUACCUUUAUAAAUCAUAACUUGCAUCUUAAAUUGACAGCACAGUAUUUUCUGAUAAUAAGUUAAACUUUUCUGCAUUUUAUUCAAAUCACAGGAGAGAGCACUUUGCAAGAUGAUACCAGAUCUCAAGUAACUAAUGUCAUGAUACUUAGGAUUUUGUAGCAAACAGUUCUUGGUAGCCUCACAAAAAAAAGAUCCAAUAUGGUGCUUAUAAAAUUGCACAAAAUAAGUAAUCAACUAUGCAAUAUAAUUAAUUAGUAAUGGUUUUAUAUAUAGAAAUGUUUUUUUUUCUGUAUCAUGUAUUUAUAUUUGUGUGUUUAAACAACCGUUUGGGACUUGACUAUUAACCAACCCACUGCAGCAAACUGAUUGGGAGUAAUGCUGGGUAAAUGCUAAAUUAUUUUCCAUUUGUAUUGGAUAUUAUUUCUCUAGUUUUUAAAAGGUAAAUGUCAAGCAUCCCAAAUAAGUGGAGGUAUAAAAAUCCCGGCCCGGUAUCCUUUUCAGUUGGAACUGUUACUGGGAUACAGUCUUGCCAGUAUUCAGUGUCUAGCAUGCAUAAUACUUGGCAAUCUGGAGUUCCUGUGGGCAUGUGUAAAUGACAUAUAAAUGGAUCUGAUUUGAUCCCAAUUUGUUUCUGACUAGUGCACCCUGUAUAAUGAUGAGAACUUAUUGCAGUCUUGAUUCUGCAUUCAGAUGCUGCACCCCUGAACACAGAGCAUUGUUAGUUAUUGGAAUGAAACUGAAAGAUUUAAUCACCUCAGAUUGACUUAGAUAGUGAGUUGGUAUGGCCAAAGAAUAUAAAUAACUGUGAUUUUCAUUUGUGUUUUUCUCCUGAAUUAAUAUGUUAUGUUCAGUAUGUUGUUUGGAGUAGCCACUUUGAUUGACGAAUAUGGGAAAUAAUUUAAGUACUGAAUAGCAUUUUCUUUGCUUUGACAAUCAUGUUGAAAAAGUCAUGUAUAUCUGUGAUUAAAUUAAAACAUGUUUAUAUAGAUUUUUAACUGCAAUUUGCUUAUUUUAUGGUUUGCAUUAUUCAUACAUAGGUUUUGCAGUCAUUCAAUUAAAUUGUAGUAAACAGUUAAAGGAGUUAAAAAAUCUGUAAUAAUACAGCUUGAAUAUUGAAUACUGUAAGAGGUCUGGAGAUUUGGCUCAUGCAAAUGUGAAACAUGCUUGGACUUUUUAGAUCUAGAAUAUUUUAAUGCAUGGUUUAAUGUAAUCCUCGGUACUAAAAUGCUUAAUUACUAUAUCUGUUUUCCUGCAUUUCCUGUAAUAAGUAGUACCCAUUCAAUUAUGAUAAAAUACAUUGUUUUAAUUUAAUUUAAAAAUUCAGACUUUGCUGAGUGAUAGAAAACUUGUGUCCUGCUUGUUAAGAUCUGACCAAUCUCCAGAAAGGCCCUAGAUUAGUUAGUUUGUUCUGAUUUACUUUAUAUCUACUUUCAACUUUUUUCUCUGCAAACUAGUAUCACAUAGCAGAAGGAAUAAAGAUAAUUAAACUUAGCUGUUUCUAUCUGGUUUGACAUGCACUGAUAGUGUUUCUUAGUGAGACCAGUAACUACUGCAGCUACCAGAAAGGUGGAAAAUGCUUGGACCUCUUGGAUCUAGAAUAUUUUAAUGCAUGGUUUAAUGUGUGCAUUGGGUUGUCUGGGUGCAGCAAACAUUGGAAAAUCAAGUUGGGGUGAGGCACAAGUGAAGUAAUCCUUCUCUUUUUUUCUGAUAUCUGUUGCAUCCAAAAGUAGAUUCCAAUUAAUCACUGAAUGUAAAUUUUACUUGUCAACUGAAUACAAGACGGAGGUGCCAGUGAAAGUCUUGUAACUGUGGAUAGAUCUUCCUCAGCAAUAAAAUCUCAUCAAUAACAGACAUUAGUAUACCAUAACUAAUUUUAGUUUUCUGAUUGAAACAUCAGUCUCCUAAUUUAUUAAUCAUAUUGCACCUUAAUGUUUCUUCAUAGAUUCAUUUUAAGUUUUAAUUUGCAGUUACUUAACAAGCAUAGGAUUCAAGCAAUUUUGCAAUGUCAUUUGAAUUGCAGAACCUUUUUUUAAAAGCUGCAUGUGUAAAAUUGACUGCAUUUUUGAAUGUGAAGUUAAAAUGUUAAUUCUUAAAAUUCCAAUUCUUAAUAUAUUAAAUAACACAAUUUGCAAACAAAUUAUUCUGUUCCAUCUACAGUAGAAGCUCCUGUGGGUUUAGCAGGUUGCUUGUCAUUGUUUGAACCAUUAGAAACAUCAAAUUUUACAGCACAAACUGUGUUGCAUUCCAUCAUAUCACUGUUGGCUCUUGAAAACUGUUUAAUUUAUCACCAUCCCACGUAACCUCUCUCCUAAGUCUGCAAAUGUUUCCUUUCAAGUAAAGAUUUCAUUCACUUUUGAAAAUUGUCAUUGAAUUUGUUUCCAGUACACUUUCAGGCAGUGCGUUGCCAAUCACAACUUGCUGAUCUAAAAAAAAAAAAAUUUCCCCUGAUUCCUUUAUUAGUUAUUUUAUGGCUGUGUCCACUGAUGACCAAUUCUCCUUUUAAUGGAAAAUAUUUCUUCCUUUUGAUUCCAUCAAUAUUUCUCCACCAAAACACGUUAGAGUACACCACCUUUAUUUGGGUGGGCCAUAGUCAUUGGAACCUGAUCUGAUUUCUAAGUUUGUUAGUGACAACAUUUUUGCAAAAGCUUAUCAAAAUCAUUUCAUUCCCUCCAGGAAUGACCUGCAGUAUUGCAAUGUGAACCCAUCUUGUAACUAUUCCCCUAAAUUUGCUCACGUUCCUUUUUUUUUAUACAAUGCCAUUUCAUUGGUGAGCUGGCUGUCACUAAAGUCCCUCAAGAGAGCCUGUAAAUUGUAUGAGGGAGAUCAGCAUAGCAGUCUAAUUGCUGCGUUCAUUUAAAACAAUGUAUGGUGGAACAAGUGACUACUUUUUUCCUUUUGUGGUAAUUUAUCCAGUAACAGGAGAAUAGGCUGAGUGCUCAAAUUAAAUUAAAUCUGAUGGAAUAACAAUAGCUAAUGGUCCUUGAACUCUAACUUCAGGAAUAAUAUUAAUGGAGCAUGCUUUGCUGCGAUUUCCCUGAUAGUUUCCCGAUGACUGAUUCUCUGGUUAAUGGAAAGUAUUAUUUCCAAUCAGUUUCACUUAAAUGAGUAGAUGGUGAUUCCAACCUACAUUUAAUUCUCCACAUUCGGAGCUUUGAGUUCCUUGCUCGAUGAAGGGUAAUGCAUGUUAAUCCUCAUUAUUCUCUAAUGCCAAAAUAAUUAGUUAUAGAGCUAUACUGCACAGAUAUGGACACUUUGGCCCAUCAUGUCAAGGCUGACUAUGAUGCUCAUUAUCCAUAUUCCAUUUCCCUGUACUAGGCUGGUUACUCUUUUCCUAUCCAAUGGCCUGUCUAAAAGUAAUUUUAUCUGCCUCUACCAUGUUUUCUGGCAGCUUGCUUCAGAUAGUUGCCAUCCUUUGUGUGGGUGAAAUUAACUUGUUCCUCAGAUCUCUUGCAUUUCUGCCAUCUAUAAUUUUUGAUUGACAAUUGACUACUUUUUUAGAACUUCUAACUAAGAAUUGUACUUUUGGUUUCAUCCCAUUAUAAGUAAAUUGUAGCCACAUAGGGCAAAUAGACAUUUUGACUUUUAUCAACAUUGGACUAGUAGACUUAAGAGUUUCUAUUGUUUGGCAGACAAGAGAGACAUUAUUGUUCAGUGAAGGCAGAAGGAUUGCAAUUACAUAAGAUGUUAAAAGAAUAAUUAACAAAAAUGUGAGUCAUUAUCUUUUCAAAAUGUAAUUCUUCAUUCUUGGGAUAUAGACGUUGCUCACAUGGCCAAUGUAAAUGCCCCUCCUUUCUUCCCUCCUUUGAGAAACUGAGAGUGAACCACCUUGAACCACUGCAAUGUGGUGUUGAAGAUAGUCUUGUAAUGCAGAUUAAUUAGAUGUCAGAACAUCUUGAACAGUUUUGCCUCAUAAAUCUGGUUUAGAGUGUAGUGCAACAAAGUUGUAAAGUAAGAUAGACACCAAGCUGGAGUAACUCAGUGGGACAGGCAGCAUCUCUGGAGAGAGAAUGAGUGAUGUUUCGGGUCGAGACCCUUCUUCAGAGUUGUAAAGUAGUUGGAAAUGAGGUGAAGUAUGCUGCAAAGCUAUCGUAAAGGUUGGUAGACACAAAAUGCUGGAAUAACUCAACGGGACAGGCAGCAUUUCUGGAGAGACGUUUCAGGUCGAAACCCUUCUUCAGACUCGGAAAGAUAGCAUCUAUGGAGCGAAGGAAAUAGGCAACGUUUCGGCCCGAAACAUUGCCUAUUUCUUUCGCUCCAUAGAUGCUGCCUCACCCGCUAAGUUUCUCCAGCGUUUUUGUCUACCUUCGAUUUUCCAGAAACUGCAGUUCCUUCUUAAACAUUCAGACUCGGAAAGGUUAGUUAGCUAACAAGCAGACAGGAACACUACAGAGGAUCAGUCGGUUAAUAUUUGGCAUUGAAUAACUUAUUUAGAUAAUUUCCAAAUGACAGGUGUACUAAUGCUCUGGCAUUUUUACAAAUUUUCACUCGAAAGGACCUCUCGCAGCAUGAUUAACACUUUGCCCCGUACAAAAGCACUUCUAUUAGUGUUGGCUUAAAAUUAAAAAUAAGUAAUUCAGAGUUGCUUUACACCAUUUAUCUGUGCAAUACUUCUGGGUUUUUUUUCUGUUGAUACCAAAGUUUGGAAAAGUAAUCUACUGUACUUUGUUUUCAGAUUAUUAAAUUUAAUUUUGAUUUCAAGGAUAAACAUUUAUCAAAGAAAAUGACUGACAGUUAUGUUGGACACAAAACUUCCAUUGUUUUAGUACGAGGACUAUGUAUAAAAGGAUAUUUUUCACAACAUUUUUGCGUUUUUGUUAACUAAUAUUUAAAAAACUAAUCUGUGUAACUUUCUAAAAGGCUUAGUAUUUAGCAAAAGUUUUGCUGCAUUAAAGAUUUGUAAGCUGAA